CCAGGGGUGAACAGUAUGGAUGCACAAGUAGGUGUAACGCCUCCUGGAACUCAGACAACACAUCCCGUAGUUUGCACAGCCCAGCAAACCGCCGCAACCAACAGUUCUGUUAGUGAAGACCACUCUAAACAGAAAUCUACGUGGACAGAACACAAAUCACCUGAUGGAAGAACGUAUUACUAUAAUACUGAAACGAAGCAGUCUACAUGGGAGAAGCCAGAUGAUCUCAAAACCCCUGCUGAGCAAUUGUUGUCUAAAUGUCCCUGGAAAGAGUAUAAAUCCGAUUCUGGAAAGCCCUACUAUUAUAAUUCCCAAACAAAGGAAUCACGCUGGGCAAAACCCAAAGAACUUGAGGACCUUGAAGCAAUGAUCAAAGCUGAAGAAAACAGCACAAAGCCUGAAGAAUCUACUCCAGCGACAUCUGCUCCAGCUGCUGCAGCAGAAGCAACAAACACAACCACCACAGCUGCUGCUGACGCUGCCGCAGCUGUUACUGCCACCACAGCUACUUCUGCAGGGGCAGCAGCCCCUGAAGCAGAAUCAACUGCAGCUUCUUCUGUGGUAGAAAACGAGAGCACUGGCACAACCUCAGCUGAGGAACAGGGACAAGCAACUGCUGCACCUGCUGCUCAGGAGCAGAGUGGAGAGACUGCAGUUAGCACAGAUGACUCUUCCAAGCAGGACGCCUCAGCAGAUGCUGCUGCAAAGAAGGAGGAUGAUGAUGCCCAACCAGUUAAAAAAACCUAUACAUGGAAUACAAAGGAAGAAGCAAAGCAAGCAUUUAAAGAACUGUUAAAAGAAAAGCGAGUACCAUCCAAUGCUUCUUGGGAGCAAGCUAUGAAAAUGAUCAUUAAUGAUCCCAGAUACAGUGCUCUGGCAAAAUUAAGUGAAAAAAAGCAAGCCUUUAAUGCUUACAAAGUUCAAACAGAAAAAGAAGAGAAGGAAGAAGCGAGAUCAAAAUACAAAGAAGCUAAAGAAUCCUUCCAGCGUUUCCUUGAAAACCAUGAAAAGAUGACAUCCACCACAAGAUACAAAAAAGCUGAACAAAUGUUUGGGGAGAUGGAAGUCUGGAAUGCAAUAUCUGAGCGUGACCGUCUUGAGAUUUAUGAAGACGUCUUGUUUUUUCUGUCUAAGAAAGAGAAGGAACAAGCCAAACAGUUACGAAAGAGGAACUGGGAGGCCUUGAAGAACAUACUGGAUAACAUGGCUAACGUCACUUACUGUACUACAUGGUCAGAGGCUCAGCAGUAUCUGAUGGACAAUCCUACGUUUGCAGAAGAUGAGGAACUUCAGAACAUGGACAAGGAGGAUGCGCUGAUCUGUUUUGAGGAACAUAUCAGGGCACUGGAAAAAGAGGAGGAAGAAGAAAAACAGAAAAGUUUGCUUAGAGAAAGAAGGCGGCAGCGUAAGAAUAGAGAAUCUUUUCAGCUGUUUUUAGAUGAACUGCACGAGCACGGGCAGUUACAUUCGAUGUCCUCUUGGAUGGAGUUGUACCCAACCAUAAGCUCUGACAUCAGAUUCACUAACAUGCUUGGUCAGCCUGGAUCAACAGCACUUGAUCUUUUCAAGUUCUAUGUUGAAGACUUGAAAGCACGUUACCAUGAUGAGAAGAAGAUAAUAAAGGAUAUUUUAAAGGAUAAAGGAUUUGUGGUUGAAGUGAAUACUUCUUUUGAAGAUUUUGUUACGGUCAUCAGUUCAACUAAAAGAGCUACUACUUUAGAUGCAGGAAAUAUCAAGCUGGCUUUCAACAGCCUGCUAGAGAAGGCAGAAGCCCGUGAAAGAGAGAGGGAAAAAGAAGAAGCUCGCAAAAUGAAGCGGAAAGAGUCUGCCUUCAAGAGUAUGUUGAAGCAAGCUACUCCUCCAAUCGAACUGGAUGCUGUCUGGGAAGAUAUCAGAGAUAGGUUUGUGAAGGAACCCGCAUUUGAAGACAUCACUCUGGAGUCUGAAAGAAAAAGAAUAUUUAAAGAUUUCAUGCAUGUACUAGAGCACGAGUGUCAGCAUCAUCAUUCGAAGAACAAGAAGCAUUCUAAGAAGUCUAAAAAACAUCACAGGAAGCGAUCGCGUUCUCGUUCGGGCUCAGAGUCUGAGGAUGACGAUAGCCACUCCAAGAAGAAAAGGCAGCGUUCGGAAUCUAGAUCAGUUUCUGAGCGUUCCUCCAGUGCAGAAUCGGAGAGAAGUUACAAGAAAUCAAAAAAACACAAGAAAAAGAGCAAGAAGAGAAGACACAAGUCU